CGCGAGCGCCGCGCUCGACGCGCGCGGCGCUCGCGGGCGAGGACGAACGCUCGGACUCGGACGCGCCCGAGGAAGUGAGCGGGGCGCGCGGACGCGCGGAGGCGACGCGGGCGCGGGCGAACGCGCGCGCGGCGGUGCGAGCGGCGGCGGCGGCGGCGAAGACGCGACGACCGGCGGCGCGUUCGAACGCGCGCGCGCGAGGGGACGAUGGGACGGAAACGGCGACGACGACGGCGUGGACGGCGUCGGCGGACGACGCGAGGGCGGACGAAGACGAUCUCGAGGCGCUUCCGGAGGACGUCGUCGCGGGCGCGCUCGGGGACGGACGGCGCGGCGGCGAGAAAAGACGGGCGUUCGACGCGUACGAGGCGCACGUCGGAGGGAAGAAACGGGUGAAGAGGAGUAAGAGGGAGCGACGGGAGGCGAAGCGGCGGACGUACGAGCGGGAUGGAUUCGAGGUGGUCGCGUUGGAGGGCGCGCGCGGAGACGAGACGGCGGAGCCUCCGACGGCGGCGGUGGACUUUUUGCGCGCGCGAUUGAUGGAUAAGCACGCGAGAUCGGGGGAGAUGCUCAGGGAUACGCGGACGGGGAGGAUUCCUAACCCGUUCGCCAGGAGGCGAUGA